AUGGAGGAGUUCAUGGUCAACUCAAUGACUGGCCACGCCCCGCCACAUACCCCCAUCGCCCGACUGAGGCCGGGGAACCAUCCGGCCGAACGUACUCCCCCCACCGCGAGCGGGAGAGGGGAUCAGCCCGGACCGUCGGCGCCCCCGGGCCCUGGCCAAGCGACGGGGAGUUGUGAGUUCAGGUGGCCGCCUGCGAACCCAGCAGCGUCGGCGAAGCUGGUCCGGAGGUCGGCCGCGUGGCAGGUGGACGCGGCGCUGUUGGUACGGUCGUGCGCCCCAGCUCGCAGGCGGCUGGGCAGAUCACGGGCACCACCGACUUAUCCCGUGGCUUCUCCGCCCCUCCCGGUGGGAGCAGCUCCCCUCACUGCGCCUCCAGCGCUGCCUCUACCGGCUGGAGCGGCUCCUUGGGCGCCGCCAUCGCCGCUGUCUCUCCCGGCUGGAGCGGCUCCUCGGGCGCCGCCAUCGCCGCUGUCUCUCCCGGCUGGAGCGGGCUCCUCGGGCGCCGCCAUCGCCGCUGUCUCUCCCGGCUGGAGCGGCUCCUCGGGCGCCGCCUCCACCGCUGCCGGCUCCGCCGCCUUCUUCCGGGGCGCAGGAACGGGCACCGGGCCCUGCAGAGCCCCAGCGGCUCCCACGCGAGGUGUGGGGACAGGCGCUGUGGCAGGCUGCGUGCUAGUUGGUCGCAACCCGGGGGCCGGCACGGGCGCCUGCACGGACUGGAUCUCCUCCACUCCAGCGCCUUUGGGAAGCGCCGGUGGGGGUGGCGGUGGUGUCGGGCAGGACCGGAUCAGCGCCGCCAGAUUCUCCAUCCUCUGCAGGUGGCGUUCGGUCUGGUCCUGCAGCUCUUCCCGCCUGCGGCGCCACACCGCCGCCUGCUCCUGCUGCGUGGCCGCCAGCUCGGCCACCAUUCUCGCCAGCUCCUCCCUCUGCUGGCCCACUCCUGGAUCUGCCGUGCCUCCCGUCCUGGGUUUCGGCACCACUGUAAACAUACACGGCAGACCCAGUGGCAUUUUGAUGCUUUUUAUUAAUACUUAGCCGGUUGCUGUUUACA